CUCCAGGAUAGGCUGCGAGCGGAGGAACAACGCUGUCUGUCAACGGGGUUUCGGCUCGAUUACCUACGCUACCAGGGGUCGGGAACCCCUGAGCUGGAAAAAGUAGCCGUAGCUGUCGUCGAGGACGGGCUUCUUUGGGAUUAAAAGGAUCGCUGGUUUCACCGUUUCAUCGAAACUGCCAGGGAGGAUUCAUGCAGAGAGUCGGUUAGCUAAAUGCGGUACGAAGCUAAAAUGAUGCCGAUGUUCUUGACUGUAUACCUCAGUAACAAUGACCAGCAUUUUACUGAGGUUCCUGUUACGCCGGACACACUGUGCCGGGAUGUGGUGGAUCUGUGCAAAGAGCCGGGGGAGACGGACUGCCACCUGUCUGAGAUGUGGCGCGGCUCCGAGAGACCUGUAGGUGAAAAUGAAAGGAUGUUGGAUGUUCUUCAAAGAUGGGGGCAACACAGGCCUGAGGUCCGGUUCUUUCUGCGUCACAACCGACCCCCCAGCAGGGAAUCGGGGGGGGCAAGAGGCUCAGAUUCAAGGAGAAAUGGGGUGAGGCCUCCUCCAGAACGAAGAAUGGAGAAUGGAGUAGCAACGCCUCGAAUGGACAUGACUCUGACAGAACUACAAGAAAUGGCUGCCAGGCAGCAACAACAAAUAGAGGCUCAACAACAGCUCCUCGCUUCAAAGGAGCAGCGACUGCGUUACCUGAAGCAGCAGGAGCAGCGUCAGCAGCAGCAGGCCUCUGAGCAGGAGAAGCUCCAGCGCCUCCGAGAGAACAUUGAGAAUCAGGAGGCCAGGCUCAAGAAGGUCAGGGCCCUCAAAGGCCAGGUGGAGCAGAAGCGCCUCAGCAACGGGAAGCUAGUGGAAGAAAUCGAACAAAUGAAUAACCUGUUCCAGCAAAAGCAGAAGGAACUAGUGAUGGCCUCAUCAAAGGUGGAGGAGCUCAGCCGACAGCUGGAGUUACUAAAAAAUGGCAAAACUGAGAAUUUCCAUGGCAACCAAAGCUCAAUGGUUGAGCUAGAUCGCCUCUACAAGGAGCUUCAGCUGAGAAACAGACUCAAUCAAGAUCAGAACUCUAAGCUGCAGCAGCAGAGGGAGAACCUGAAUAAGCGCAACCUUGAGGUGGCUGCGAUGGACAAACGCAUCAGCGAGCUCCGAGAUCGGCUGUGGAAGAAGAAGGCAGCCCUUCAACAAAAGGAGAACUUACCUAAUGGCUAUCCUGGUAAAGAGAGGGCUUCAAAAGACACUCAAGCUCAGCAGCUGCCGUCUGAAAGCCAAGCUGGACAGCAGCCUGGUGCCUCCCGUGUGGCAGCGGUCGGCCCCUACAUUCAGUCAUCCACCAUGCCCCGAGGUCCAGCUCGACACGAUCAGCCUAUAAAACCAGCCUACCCGGACGGCACCUCCACCUUACCCACCCAGGACCCGCAGAGCAAGGCAGGGGCAGGCUCUCAGUCCAAUAAACUGGCCGACUGGAGAUCCUCAGGUCCAGAUUCCAACACCAAUGGUUAUGGAUCGGCUUCAACACUCCCAAGAAUGACCUCCACCUCCAAACCAAACACAGAUCAAGAUGAAUUGGAUGUAAAGAGGGACAGGAAGGUGCGUCCAUUCUCCAUGUUUGAACCAACGGAGGCGCCUGCACCCACCCUCCGCAAAAACCCCAGCUGUGAUGAUUUGGUCAGAGAUGCUCAGUCUGCCCCUAAAGCUCCGGUUAAAGUCCCUCCGCCUGUUCCCAACAAACCAAAAGGCCCUGUUGCUGUGCCGUACGGCAAACCAGGACUCAACACAGGAACCUUCCCUAAAGCCAAACCCCAAAUCCAGCAGCCUCAAUCUGCCCGCAGCACUCUACCUCCUUCACAGAGCCAGACUCUUCCUUUACCCCCCAAGCAGGACAUCCCACCUGCAGCUGCUGUUCGACCUUUCACCCCAGAGCCUCCGUCUUCCAGCCUCACUAAGCCGCAGAUCGUAGCAGCCAGCUCCAUCUAUUCCAUGUACACCAAGCAGACUGGCUCAGGAAAGCCCUUCCCGGCUGGCUCCCAGAGUUCUCUGGGAAGGCCUCAAAAUCGCAACGCUGGAUUUAUCAGCAUGUACGGCAAACCAGUGAUCUCUGGUGGAAGUUCUCAGAUUCCAGAGAAUCCGUACCUAGAACGCCGUUCACCUGCCCUGGAAAGUGAAGUUGAUCACGUUGGAGCCAACAGCCCGGGUCCCAGCUCGUCUGAAGGCCCGCAGCCCGAAACUGAACGCAUCCCUCGACCGCUGAGCCCCACCAAGCUGCUGCCCUUCAUUUCCAACCCUUACAGGCAUCAGAGCGACGGGGAAUUUGAAGCUCUGAGGAAGAAGCUCUACAACGCCCCGAGGCCGCUGAAGAAGCGCAGCUCCAUCACAGAACCCGAGGGCCCCGCUGGGCCCAACAUUCAGAAACUUCUCUAUCAGAAGACCACGUUGGCAGCUAUGGAGACUACCGUUGCCACGCCAACCGUUCCCACCUAUGCUGGGGAAGCAGAAAAAGCAGACGAUGGAUCUGUGGGGCCAAAAGCUCCAACUCAACUUAGUAAUGCAGAAAACACCCCAGCAGUAACGGGGCAGCCUGCGGAGGCCCCGUCUUACGCCGCCACCGACCCAGUUCCAACCUUGAGUGAGCAGACUCUACCUCCACCCGCCAUUCUCGAGACUGAAGAAAUCAUUCCUCCUCCUCCACCAUCACACCCAGCUCCCAGACCUGAAGAUGCUCUGUUUCCUCCUCCUCCUCCUCCUCCCACCGGGCUCUUGGAUGACAGCCUGCCACCCCCACCUCCAAUAGAAGAGUUUCCCCCGUACCCGCCUCCCCCGUACCCCAGCGGAGCGGAUCAGGACAGUCUGGGAGAAGACACCUUCAACAUGAAGGCACCUGAGGUCACCGGACAAGUCGCACUUCCACCGGGAAAAAGAACCAAUUUGCGCAAGCUUGGUUCCGAGCGCAUCGAUCACAACAUGAGGGUGAAGUUCAACCCGCUGGCUCUGCUGCUGGACUCGUCUCUGGAGGGAGAGUACGACCUGGUGCAGAGGAUCAUCUAUGAAGUGGAGGAUCCGAGUCAGCCAAACGAUGAAGGGAUAACUGCUCUACAUAACGCCGUCUGCGCUGGACACACGGAGAUCGUGAAGUUCUUGGUUCAGUUUGGAGUUAAUGUUAAUGCUGCGGACAGUGAUGGAUGGACACCUCUUCACUGCGCUGCAUCCUGCAACAACGUUCAGGUGUGUAAAUUCCUGGUGGAGUCGGGUGCUGCAGUGUUUGCCAUGACCUACAGUGACAUGCAGACAGCAGCUGAUAAAUGUGAGGAGAUGGAAGAAGGCUACACCCAAUGCUCACAGUUCCUUUAUGGGGUGCAGGAGAAGAUGGGUAUCAUGAACAGGGGCGUCGUCUACGGCCUGUGGGACUACACGGCUGAAAACCCCGACGAGCUCUCCUUCCACGAGGGCGACUGCAUGACCAUCGUCCGCAGAGAGGAUGAGGAUGAGGUCGACUGGUGGUGGGCGCGCCUCGGUGACACUGAGGGAUACAUUCCUCGUAACCUGCUGGGACUCUACCCAAGAAUAAAGCCAAGGCAACGCACCCUGGCGUAAAACCUGCCGCAGGACGCACAGGCUUUAACCAACCGGAGAAGAAGAGGACGCUGCCGAAAUGGAGAGGCGAGGUCGGACCAAACCAUAUGAAGGAAAUUUCUGGCACUUUUCUGUAGUUUCAGUUGAUGAAUUCACCCUCACUUUUGUCCUUAGUGUUUUAUGUAUCCCAGACAUCAAGCUGUUUUUGUUUUUUUUCACUGUUGUUUCAUUUUUCUUUUCUAUGCAGAAGUAUAUCUGAAAUCAUAAACUCACUAAUGCUGGGACUAAAAUGGAAAAAGCAGUAUUUUCUUUAGAAACACUUUAAAAUAGUUUUAAGAACAGUUUGGUAGUCUAGUUUUACAGACGUAUGCUCAGGCAGACAUCUUUGUCAACUUUGACAUCUAAAAUGUAAAGUUUGAUGCCUAAUCCUCUGGAACAACCUGCAAAUGAAAGGAGAGGAUUUCACAUCAGCUUGUAAUAGUUCUAUCACGGUUCCUCAGUCCUCACAGGCGACCUGAAAGUCGGUCAGCUUUAGAAAAUGGUUGAGAUGCCAUAAAUAUACUUACUGUUCAUGUCAUUUUUGUUUUUUAUAGUAAACUAAUGAAAUGUUUCUGUAGAGUUUAUAUUGUUAUAAACUUGAUUCUUCUUUUCCAAUCCUUUCAUUAAAAAAGUAUGUUAUGCCGUAUGCUUUUUUAUUUUAUGAAAACCAUUCCAGUAAAGGUCCAUUUAAUUUUUUUUUUUUUUUAAAGGAAAAACACGUUUAAAGCAUAGAGUAGAGCAGUCUGGUAAUCUGAAACUUCCACUGUAAAAACUUAAAAAAGGAAAAAAAAUCCUUAUUUCUGUCCAAGCAGAUUUAUUUAUUUUUGUUACUUGGUUCUGUAGCUCUUUUGUUAAAUCUAUGACCAUAAGUGUACUGUAGUACCUUAAAGUUACAAUAAAAGACUUUGUACUAAAA